AGAUCAUGCAGCUGGCUAUCCUGCAAUCGCUGAAACUAAAGACAGCCGUGUGUCUCGCGUGUUUGGCUCUUGGCGCACUGCAAUGCAGGCAACGUUUCCCAUGUCCUUGCGGCAAGUGCUGCCCCUGUGGCGUAAGAUCAUCCGUCUCUACUUUUCUGUGGUCUUUGGAUUUUCGGAGGUGCAUAAGGACCUUCCCAGCGGCAAGCUGAUGAAUGACAUUGCUGCACAGGUGGGCACUUCAGCUUCACUGGAGCUGCGGUUGCCGAAGCACUUCGCGGAACGUUUCAACCGGAACUUCUCAGAGGUCACGCGCAGUAUUUUGAAGGAGACUGAGGAGCCAGACUUCACCCGCAUUUUGGCAUCCAGCUUUUUGGUGCGUGCCUUGCAGUGUGUGGUUUGCUUGGCCUAUGGCAGCUGGGGUUUGUUGGUUGGACCUUUGCAGUUCCUGGUCGCACCACUAUCUUUCACAGGCUCCUUUAUUCGCUUGCUGACGAAUGGGUCGGAUUGCCUGCUGCACUAUAUGUGUAGUCUGUGCGUGGCGGCGCUGCUGUACACCACGGGUGCCUUGUCCUGGCUUCCAACGCUGACCAUUGACAUCACUUUUGUGGUUGCAUUCUUUUCCAUCGACUUUGCCCUGAACUGCCUGGUGUACUAUUUGAGCUCUGAACUUUUUGGCGUCCAACGCUUGCUGCUGCAUGUGGUCUACGGCAGCUUCAACACGAAGACCUACUUUUUGGUGGUGUUUGGUUCGCUGUGCGGGUAUUCUUUCAACCUGGGACUGAUGAUCUUGACCGGCCUUCUGACAGUUGUCAUCAAGCGCUAUGGCCUCUACCAGAAGACCCUGCGCCUGUGCCGCUGGCCCUGCUUCGUGAUUUGCUUUUACGUGGAGCAUCGCAUUGGACACUUGCCAGUUGUGUACCAGCACGCCCACAAGAUGCAUCACUAUUUGCACGACACCACUGCCUUUGAUGCCCACAUCUAUGGCAGUGGCAUGAACGAGGAAUUCUUUUGGAUCUUGGCCGAAACGUUGCCUUGCCUCUUGGCACCCAGCCUUUUCUUUCCCUAUUUCCUGAACCUCGACACUAUUCACGCGUCACUGACCAACAAGCCAGCACACACGCGAACCAAAGAGGGCAGCGGCCACUGUAUGGAUGAGGACAACUUCCAUGCAGAUCAUCAUACUUUGCACCGGGCCAACUAUGGAUCCGCUUUGGGUGUCCUGUUGGACUUCUACUUUAACACCAUGGGCACGGAGACAAAGGGUGCCAGAGGCCUGGCAUACCGCCGCUGCGAAGAGAAGGAUGAGAUUGUGAUUCGUAUCGAGCGUUGCGAAGGCCCCUUGGCAGUGCCUAGCAACGCUCCUUGCUCCAAAGAUAUGGAGGAGGUGGAAGAGUUCCACACAGUCCGCAGCAUUACUGAGGCUGAGUUGGCCGCACACCGGACGCUGGAUGACCCCGGAAUUUGGAUCGCCCUGAACGGGGACGUCUACGAUGUGACCAAGUUUCACCGCAUCCAUCCGGGGGGGAGCCAGAUCAUCCUGCAGCAUGCCGGUAAGGAUGCCACCUCUGUGUUUGCCUCUGUGGGUCAUUCUCAGAAAGCCAAGGCCAUGGCGGCAAAGCGCUUGAUCGGACACCUGAAAGUGGCGCAGGACUAGUGCUGCCGCUGAGAAGGAAGAGUAUCAUUGUUCUUCAGUGGCCUGUUUUGGAAUAUAGGUUCGGAACGAGUUUGAACACCCUGCUGGCGGUAGAUGAUGGUUUCUCUGUACUAGUAGACGUGUUG